AUGGCAGGCGGAAACUUCGAACUGGUUGCGCUCGGCAACCCUCUGCUCGACAUGCAGAUCCGCAACGGCGAGAAGAUGCUCGAGAAGUACAACCUCAAGCCCAACGAUGCCGUGCUCGCGGACGAGAAGCAGCUCGCCAUCUACCAGGACAUUGUCGACAACUACGAUGUCACCUACGUUGCUGGUGGUGCGGCCCAGAACGCUGCUCGCUGCGCGCAGUACGUGCUUCCGGCCAACUCGACUGCCUACCUCGGCUGUGUCGGCAAGGAUGACCUGGCCAAGCAGCUGCAGGCGGCCAACGACAAGGAGGGUCUCAAGAGCAUCUACCAGUUCAGCGAGGACCAGCCCACUGGCUCGUGUGCCGUCGUCAUCACCGGCCACAACCGAUCGCUCUGCACCAACCUCGGCGCGGCUGAGAAGUUCAGCAAGUCACACCUCGAGACCGAGGAGGCGCAGAAGGCUAUCAAGAACGCCAAGAUCUUCUACCUCGGCGGUUUCUUCCUCACACACGGUGUUGAGUCGGCCCUCGUCCUCGCCGAGGAGGCCAAGAGCCGCGAUGUCUCGUUCACCAUGAACCUUUCCGCUCCCUUCAUCCCCCAAUUCUUCACCUCGCAGGUCGACAGUGUCGUUCCUUACGCUGACGUCAUCUUCGGCAACGAGACCGAGGCCGAGGCGUGGGCCGCCGCACACAAGCUCGAGUCCAAGGACCUCAAGACCAUCGCCCAGGCCAUCGCCGACUUUGAGUCCAAGACCUCCAAGGCCGAGAAGCGCGUGGUGAUCAUCACCCAGGGUGCUCAGCCCACCAUCCUCGCCAAGAAGGGGGAGAAGGAGCAGUUCGUCCACGAGACGCCCAAGAUCAACCCUGCGGACAUUGUCGACACCAACGGUGCCGGUGACGCUUUUGCUGGUGGUGUCGUCGGUGCGCUCGUGCUCGGCAAGAGCGUCGACGAGGCCAUCGACGUCGGCCACAAGCUCGGCGGCAUGUGCAUCGGUCAGGUCGGCCCCAUCCUCAAGUUCCCCAAGGAGAACGUCCUCUAA